UGGUGUUACCGUAACCUUGGUGUGAUUACAAUUCAUCAUACAUACAUACAUGGCGAGGAUAGUCAUGCUGUAUUUCUUUAACUUUUGAUAUGUGAUUAAUUAUUAUAAUUGGGGAGUACCGUUGUGUGAUGCUGGUGUGUUCUGAAAGUGAUUUAGAUAGGUGCGUGCACAGUGCAGAAUGAAUUUCGAAAUUCCACCAGGAUUAACUGAUUUGUUGCAGGAUUUUACUGUUGCGGUUUUGAGAGAGAGGCCGCCGGAGUUGGUACAAUUCGCGGUGGAUUAUUUUAAUAAACUGAAUGAGAGUAAGAAUGCUGACAAGUAUCAGAAAAGGGGCGGUGUUAGAUUUGUUGAUUCCCCUGUUGCAGCAUCCCCUCUCCCAAUCGAACCCAUGCAAACCGAUGAUGAAGACGACGAUGAGCCAAUGGUUCCACCUCCAUCUCGUUUUAGGAGAAAGUCAGUUUCAGCAGAAAGAUAUGACCCUGAAGCAGAUGAAGAGUUAGGAGAAGAAGAUAAACUGGUUUAUCCCAAAUCAGAUGUGCAGAGACAACGAUUAGGUGAAGCUGUUAAAGACAUUCUACUGUUUAGGUCAUUAGAGCCUGAACAAAUGCAAGAAGUUUUAGAUGCUAUGUUUGAAAAACAUGCUGAACCUGAUGAACAUAUUAUAGAUCAAGGGGAUGAUGGAGAUAAUUUUUAUGUGAUAGACAGUGGAAAAUACGAUAUUUAUGUUCUUAUAGAAGGUAAAUCAACAUUAGUAGGAAAUUAUGAUAAUAAAGGUAGUUUUGGUGAAUUGGCAUUGAUGUAUAAUAUGCCUAGGGCAGCUACCAUCGUUGCUACAGCACCUGGAACAUUAUGGGCUCUGGAUAGAUCAACAUUUCGUCGUAUAGUUCUAAAAUCAGCGUUUCUUAAAAGGAAAAUGUAUGAAAAUCUUUUGGAGAAUGUACCAAUGCUCAAGUCUCUCAAUGCCUAUGAGAGAAUGAAUGUUGCAGAUGCUCUACAUUCGGUCACAUUUCAGGAUGGUGAUAUUAUAAUUCGGCAGGGAGAUAAUGCAGACUGUAUGUUUUUUCUACAAGAAGGGGAUGUCCGAUUUACAGUUAGAAACGAUGCUAAUGAAGAAAAGGAAGUCAACAGGUGUGCAACGGGUGGCUACUUCGGAGAGCUUGCACUUGUAACCCAUAAACCCAGAGCUGCCACAGCACACUCUGUUGGAAAAACUAAAGUAGCAGUUUUGGCAGUUGAUGCUUUUGAACGUCUAAUGGGUCCGUGUAUGGAUAUUAUGUCUAGAAAUAUAGAUGAAUAUGAAGAACAGUUAGUUCAAGUUUUUGGUUCUAAAGCAAAUAUUACUGACCUACGAUGACCUGCCCCUCCCCCACAAGUGCUUCCGUUAGAUAAUCUCUUCGGUAUUUUAUUUUUUGGCCCAUGCAACUGCUUGUUUUGAUUGGACAAUUGAUUGGUUGAGAAUCAAUUUGAACCAAUCAGAAGUUGUUUUAUUGCCGUACCAGUUUUGGAGUGUUCAUAUGAUUUGUUCAACAUCUUAAAUCAGUCCACAGACAAACCUCAGAAUCUUUGUUUUUAUUUCUACCUAGCGAAAGAGAAUUUCUAUAGAUGUGUGUUACAUAGACAGUAGCACAUCUUUAGUUCAACUUUAUUUAUGUAUUUUUAUUAUUAAUAUUAUUUGAUUAUGAUUAUGAUAUGACUUUAUGUUCUUAGGAGAUGAUAUUCUUAAAGUGCGGUUGUAGUUUGGGUAGGCAGUAUUUAAUAUCAACUUAAAGAAACUAAACCUCUUUGAUUUAGGCCCAAAUAAAGUAUGGAAUUGAUUUGAUCCAAUAUUUUAUUUCUGUUAGUCAUGGGGUAAGGUCUAUCCAAUGAAAUUUUUGUUUUCAAAGAUUCAUCAGCAGAAGUUGACUGGUUUACAAAUUUGAAAUUUUACUGUGUCGACAUUUUUAUGAGAAAAUCGGUUACUUGUGACCUGACUUUAUCUAUAGACGUUAAAUUUUCUCAAGAUCAAAGAGGUCUAGUCAUUUUAAUUUUAAGAAUAAAAUAUUUUCUGUGUUAACGUUAUAUUAAGUGUGCUAACAUAUUCACCAUUUAAUAAAGAGUGAGAGUGUGUAUAAAUGAUAAUCUAUUAUAGGGCAGGGGAAGAAAAUCAAGUAUUCACACAAUUAGUCAUACAUGAGUUACUAAGUAAAGAUCAGAUAUAUAUAAGAUCAAGAUUUUAUAGGAAGCUUCUACACUAUGAUUAAAUUUUUGAUAAUUUGGUGUUUCUGUUUUGGGUUUUUUUUUUUUUUCAAAAAUGAUGAUGACAACUAAAUUUUAUAAAUACAAUUUUAUCUUUUUGUAUGCACUUACCUGUUAACCACUUAAUUCUAUAUGUUUUCACACAACUAAAGUAAAGUUCACUUAACUAGUCAAAUGUGUAUGUUUUACAAUAUAUGAAAGAUAUUGUGGAAAAUAAUAACAUCAGUUUUUAUUUAGUAACUCAUUUAUUACUUACUGGAUAUAUGUGGAAAUUAUUACUUUUAAUUGAAAGUUUAUAGGCUAAUGUGUAUUAAGUAUAUAUUUAUAUAAUUAAUUUACGGUAUAUGUUUAAUAUAGGUGGACAUUUAUUACAAUAUUUUAUAAAUGGUAUAAAUUAUAAGUGUUCUCAUAUUAUAGAAAUAGAUCACCCACUUGUGAAGUUAAAAAUGUGUUAUAAUUAGAGAUAACUGUUAACCAUCACUUGAAAAUCUUUUUCCCAAUUGUUAGGAUGUUCUGGAUUUCUAUGUCACAGACUUCUUUAUCACAAUAAUGAUUUAAGAAACUUGAAACAUUUGCAAUGUACAUGUGUUUUCUGGCAUUGGACAGACUUCAUUCGGGCAUGUCUUUGUUUUGUAAAUUAAGCAGUGAUGUGCUUACUCUUGCCAGAACACUUUUCAUUUAGAUUAUUACAGAUUGUUGAGGUACAUUCACGACUAAGUAGCAUAGGUGGAUCACUAAUAAAAUGUACUGAUAAACUUUUUAGAGUUAGAUUCAUUUAAUAAUUGUAUCACAUAUAUUUUUAAGAAUCUCUGGGAUGUUAUAUGCACUUGUUCUUCUUUUCCUUUCUUAAUUGUAUUUUGAUAAGGCAUACCAGCUGAUGAACAAUUGUUUGCCUUUUCUUUUUAUAUUUUCGGAUCAGUGUACAUGCAAUAAUGACAACAUAAUGUUGCCUUUUAUACAGAAAGUUUCAACAAAUAAAUCUUUUAAUUUAUAUCGCUACAUUAUUUGCGCAGUUGUGCAAGGUGUGUUGAAAGAAUGGUAAUUGCCCUCCUGUUGUCAUAAAUGUCUAUAAAUGAAUGUUGAAUAUGUAUUUUCAUUCUUAUGCCAUACAUACUGUGUUAUGUGACUGAUUUGGUUAAAUUGUUGUAUCACUCUAGGCUUCAUCAGCUAUAAUAAUUGUAAACAUUGAUUGAUUGAAAAUUGGUUAUGGAUAUCUUAUUGAAUGAUCAGUAUUUUGGAAAACGUUGACUAAUUGUCUUGAUUUUGUGCUACUCAACUAAACAGAAAGUCUGUUAUCUUUUGUAUUCAGAAUUAAUUUAUUCAAAAUUACAGGACCUAAAUGUUCCAGAUCUAACAAUCAAGUCAGAAUAACAAUAGUUCCUUAGAUCAAAAUAUUUUCUGUCCUAGAUUUUGGCCAGUCUUCUUGCCAGUUUAAUGGCCCCAAAUAGAACUGAAACCACCAAAUAUUUAAAGUUAUUGUUUAAUCAUUAAUAAUAUAUAUUUUGAUUUGUUUAAAGAGUGAAGUUUACCACAGAUCUCUUUAUUUAUGAAUUGUAUUGUAAUAAAAUUAUUGAAAUUGUUUUAAUGUUAAGCACAAAUAUACACAAUAAUUAAAAGUCUAUACUGCUGUAUAAAAGUAUUAUCUUGUGUACAAUAUGUACAUGUAUUUCAAUCAUGGAUGUAUAUGUCCUCUUUGGAUAUUCUUAAAGGCACUGCUAAAUAUAUCUACAGUCAGGUUAUUUUAUAAUGUAUACCAAUAAUAUACUAAAAAAAAUAAAUGUUAAGUAUUAAUGUACACUAUAUCUUAAAUCAUAUCAUUUGUUUUUAACAAAAUAAUUAUGAUAACAGCUCUUCAACAUUUUUUGAGUUUAAGUUUUAUUUAUGGAAGUAAAUGCUAUCAGUGUUUGGUAAAAGUAAUGUGUAUGAUAUGGAUAUAUGUAUUAAGAUAUAUAAUAUCUUGUCACCUCCCCCAACACCACCACCUCCAAACCCCAUUCCCUGACAACUGCUCAAUUCUUUGUACAUAGACCAGCAUUAAGGUUUUUUUUUUAAUUUCUGAAAUUUCACGUUUUGGUUUUUUUUUUUUUAUGAAACAAUCUCUUCUUAAAAGUUGUUCUAAAUUUUUGUUGUUUGUAAAAUUCCGAUUUUAGUCACUCCUAGUGUUUAGGGUCAAGUGAAAAGCUUUAUGUAUACAAGUUGUGUUAGAUGGAAAAAUCUAAUUUCAUUAAAAAAAAAAAAUGUUAUUAAAAUUAA